AUGUCGGUGUUUCAUGUUCAUGAAUGGCUUACGCUUGAAUUAGUUGAUGCUAAUGUUUGUGCAGUCGGUGAAUUAAUCGAGAAACGAGAUCAGUUAGUGGUGGGUAGUUUAACGGGUCGAAUAUGGAUCAUUGAUCCGGGUCGAGCAAACGAUACGAAACAACAGUUGUUGAGCUGUUUGUUAGAGGAAGAUUUAUCUGCUGCUAUACUGGACAUUGCUAUUGCAAAUUUCAUUUCUGGUUUAGAACAAAAUUUAAUUGCAAUAUUAUUGCCACAAAAGCUAGUAAUUUAUCAUCUUAUUUCAGAUGGAGAAAUUUAUCAAUUAAAUAUCACCUAUGAACAUACUAUUACUGCCAUAGCAUAUAAUAUGUGCAUUGGUACAUUUGGCGGUGCGACUACAGCGCAAAUAUGUGUUCAAGAUAUGACGUGUUCAAUGAUGGUUUUUGAAGCGGAACAUCAAAUUUUUCAUCGUUCGGUUAAUUUAACAACCGCUCUACAACCAGGUCCAAUCUGUUAUUCACCUCAUUCUGAUUCAGUCAUUAUAGCAUCAUCUUCUGCUAUUUUAAUUUCAUACAAAUAUUCCGUUCUUGCUACCGCAUCAAGUGGAAAAAGUGGAAAAAAAGUUACGGCCAAUUGGACAUUUAAUCUUGGCGAUUAUCCAUUAGAUUUAGAAGUGAUUAAUACAUCACUCGUGCAACCAUCCAUUAUUAUCCUAUGCAAGAGAACAUUGUUUUGUUUAACUCAUGGUGGCACCUUAAGAUUUACAUAUCGUUUACAGUGUGUUGCUACUUCACUUCUUGUUUAUGAUUUCACAGAUGAUGCAUAUAUAAAAUUAUGCAUUUCAACAGCUACACAUAUGUUACUUUUUUUGAAAGAUACAAUUUUAAUUUGGGCGGCACAACUUCUGCAAAACGCAAUUCAAAUUCGAUUAUGUACAUUUAGCUCAGUAUAUCGUUCGAUGCUGGUGAUUUUAUCAAAUUCCCGAAUAUCCGUUAGUUAUUUGGGUACCGAACCAUCGUUAUUUCGUCUUCCAGCGCCACAAACACGCUUUAUUGAUUUUCAACAGCGUUACAAAGAAUUUAUUGAACUUGAAGCAUUAAUACGCAAAAAACCGCUCGAAUCAACCGAAGGUAUUAUAUGGAAAAAUCCAUUAACAUUGAAUUGCUCAUACGAUGGCUUUGAUUCCAAAUCGAGAGCGGAAAAAUCAUCAGAGGAAGUUCCAUCUUUAACGUUAAAUAUUGAAUUAUUAAGUGAAGUACGCCUCGUUGACGUUAAACUGAUAUGCUUAACAGCAUUUCAUAUUGAACACAAAUAUGUAUCAUUUCCUGAUAUUGAUAAUUCACAAAAAAUAUCAACAGGUAUAUACGUGUUAUACCAACCUGUAUAUGAUUUGCAAUGUAAAUUUUUUGCAUUCUCCUCUCAAUUUGGUGAUGUGAUCAGUAAAGAAGUAAAAAUGCCGUUAAAUUUAAUGUGUCAUGCAGUAAAUAGUCAGCGAAAUUCACAAUAUAAAGUAACCAUCGAUUCAUCAUUACCUGUGCUUGACUUAACACAAGUAUUUCCAGAAUUUGAAACUGAAAAUAGUACAGCAAUUGGUUUUCGACCAUAUCUAUCAGAAAUGAUUAUUUCAAUUUAUACAUCUCAGAAGUAUAAGCGUUAUCGAAUUCAAGCCGAAAGCCUAAAUUUUAUUUAUUUAUUUGUGGAUGAAUUAAUCAAAAGAAUACAAACGAAACAACCGGAAGUAAAACUGACCUGUACACUUUCAUUAGAUCAGAUUCUUCAUGAAAUAAAUGUAUAUGCUGAGCAUGAAAAAAGAAAGAUGGAGGAAGAGAAAGAAUUGGAACGAUUCUGCACUCUUUUACGUAAUGUUCAAGUGGCUAUUUUAACAAAACUUAAAGGAGAGCGACCAACAGAAGUGGAUCAUUUGAAUACUUUAUUAAAUUAUACAUAUCAACAGAUAUUAUGCUGUGUGGAUCGUUUAGAACAGCUAAAUGAAACAUUACGUUCUGCUAGCUUAUCAGUAUCAGCGGCACUUAAUUUAAUAUAUUUGAUAACUUUCCUUAAGGGAACUCCAUUACCUUUGGAUGGUACUAUUGUCAAUAAUUCUGGACAGUCAAUUUGGGAACGUAUCAAAUGGGCAAUAUCAACAUUUAAACCGAUCGAUUUAAAUAUUGAUUUUUCAUCAAAUGAUUUAAGAUAUUUUCUACAAAGUAUUUGUGAAGGUAACUGUAGUACAAUGGCAUAUAUACGUGAGGAUAGUAAAGAAGAAGAAAAAGAUACUGAUAACGAUGAUAAUGAUGAACCGCAACAAUAUGAAUCAAUCGUUGAUCCUUUAAUUUCCGGUUUAUUGUCUUUUGAUGAAUUUAAUUAG